AUUAUAACUUCAUAAUCAAUCUUUACAAAAGGUAGCGACAAAAGUUAAGUUUCUUAAGAAAAUAUAGAAAUACUACUAUGUUAAAAAAGGAACUGCAAAUCAUCUCCGAGUUCACACCUAAAAUCAACACCAAGAAUUUAGGGCUCUUCUUCGGCAGCUCUCUGAGUCAUCGUGGUUCCUACCGGCGAGUUUCCCGAGUCCGCGGUCAGCUACACGUAUUCAGCUCAAUCGCGAUGCGUCGUCGUUUGCUCGAUCCCUCAUUUUCUGUCCUGUUAUUGUUUUUUUCCUCCAUUUUCAUCUUGAGCUCCAUCAGCAAUCGCUCCGUAAAUGCUGAAGUCAUAACCUUAAAUUCGGAAAUUUUUAAUGAUAAGAUGCAGGAGAAAGAUACCGCAUGGUUUGUAAAGUUCUGUGUCCCUUGGUGCAAGCACUGCAAGAAUUUGGGGACAUUGUGGGAGGAUUUGGGGAAAGAGAUGGAAGGUGAAGAUGAAAUUGAGAUUGGAGAAGUUGAUUGUGGCACAGACAAACCAGUGUGUUCUAAGGUGGAUAUCCAUUCAUAUCCGACUUUCAAGUUGUUUUAUAAUGGAGAAGAAGUUGCAAAGUACCAAGGAACUAGGGAUGUUGAAUCACUCAAAAGAUUUGCUCUGGAAGAAACAGUUAAAGCAGCUACAAAAGCACAACUCGAGGAUGAUGCUGAGUUAUAACUUACCUCUCAGGUGAAGAUAGUUACUCAUCUGGGGGAUCCCUUGCGGUUUUACAACAGUGUUGCUCUUUACUUUUUUUUACAGAUUAGUCCAUUACUAUCAUUUAGAAUUUAGCUUCCUUGCAAUAGAUCACAGCAAAAUUUUGUUUCAUGAGCAAUCAAUUCAGAGACAUCUUAUUUUCA